CGCAAGGCAAAUCUCGCAAACAAAUAGCCAAAGAUGAGCAACGCACUGCGCCUGGUGCGCAACGGUCCUUCGCGGACGGCGAACUCUUCAUCGCAGUGGGCUUGCUUCUUCUGCCAGCAUGCGCGGCCACAGAGCAGCCGGUCCAACUUUGCAGACUUUCGGCGCAAAUUCUCAAACUCACGGCCUCGGCGAGAGCAGCAAAUACCACACCAGCCGCGACAGAAUGCUACAUAUGCGCCGUCUAUGGACAGGGUGCGGGAGCAGUAUAGCCAGAGGAACAAGACAAUAGCCUUCUAUACCAUGAGCGUGAUCAUGGGCACUCUCGCUCUGGCAUAUGGAUCGGUGCCUUUCUACAAAAUGAUUUGCGCAACCACCGGUUGGGGUGGCCAGCCCAUCCGAGCCCACGGCACGUCCGGCGAAGAGAACCAAGACCUCUCCAGCCGUCUCGUUCCCGUAACCUCUGCGAAUCGAAUCAAAGUCACAUUCAAUGCGGCCGUGUCCGACAUCCUGCCAUGGAAGUUUGUCCCUCAACAGCGAGAGGUCCGAGUGCUUCCCGGAGAGACCGCCCUGGCGUUCUACAAGGCGACGAAUCUGGGCGACCAGGACAUCAUUGGCGUGGCAACAUAUAGCGUGACGCCUGCUCAGUGUGCGCCAUACUUCAGCAAGAUUCAGUGCUUCUGUUUUGAGGAGCAGAGAUUAAACGCUGGCGAGACAGUGGACAUGCCCGUGUUCUUUUACUUGGACCCUGAUCUGUUGAACGACAUCAACAUGAAGGGUGUUGAGACUGUAACUCUCAAUUAUACAUUCUUCAAAGCGAGAUAUGACAAUAACGGCAGAUUCAUGCCUCCUGCCUCAAAAUAAUAGGCAUUGAAGAUUCCCAUGGCCUCUAUAGUGCUCCUCAAAAAUGGUGCUGCAGUCUCUGUACGAUAUUUUAUAGAUAGACGACCAGGAGUUCUCGGAUGGCCUCUGUACAUUACAACCAAUGGAGCUCUUUCGUCCUUUUGGAGGGGAGAUUUUGUAUAAAUAGUUUGCACACUAAAGAUACGCAUUCCGCUCACCAAUGAUGAGAUUGGAGAGCAAAGCAAGAAUCCAU